UUACUUCAUUGUUUGUUGGUACGACGAGAUGAUAGACCAUACAAAACUAUUAUUAGCUGGGGAAGCUCUGGGUUGCACAGCGCCCAAAAUUACCUCCAUUGUGAAUGGCUGUCAAUCGGUGCUGGUUUUUGUGGAGGGCGGAAGUUUUCAUAUAGAGGUAAUUAUGAUUGCAAAUCCAGGGAUUAGAGCAUUUGGAUAUGAUCCUUAUCUGGGGAGGUUGUUUCUGGAGGAGUAUGAUAACAGGGGAAUGAAGGGAAACAGGAGAAAAGCCAUGGCGAAAACAAAAGGAGCUGCAAGUUGGGGAAUUGUAUUGGGGAAGUUAGGGAGGCAGGGGAAUCCGAGGUUUUGGAGAGACUGGAGGGGGAAUGAGGAUGAGAAAUCUAGGGAAGAAGAAGAAGAUUUGGUUGGGGACCAUCCAAUGGAUUAUUAUGCACAGGAUGGUGGGGACUGGAAUUCCUCUUAUGCUAAGAACAAGAAGUUAGCUCAUCCUUUGUGGAGAAACACUGCGCCCUCUAUGAGUAAUGGUGAUGCCCUCACGUGCGCACAUCUUGACCUCCUCCGCCACCAUAAUCAAGCCACCACCUGCCAUGUGGCCUCAUCACAGGUAGCUUCCCCCGGUCUAGCAUUAGGCGCCUUAGCGGCCCUUGGUUGUUGCAUCUCCUACGCCCUCUGGUUGAUAAUUCAGGCGAAAAUGAAUGAGAGAAAAGGACUGGAGCCAAUGGAGGUUAGGAUCGAACAUCAAGCUUCUCACCGUAGCUUAUGCAGGAAUUCUUGCCUCUGGAUUGAUGUCUAUGUUGAUCUCAUGGUGUGUGCAAAUGGAAGGCCCACUCUGUGUUUCGGUCUUUAACCCUUUAAUGCUAGUGUUGGUAGCUUUUGCGGGGCCUUGUUACUCGAAGAGAAAUUAUUCUUGGGAAGCGUAUUAGGCACGGUGCUGAUUGUGUUGGGAUUAUACAUUGUACUAUGGGGUAAGGGAAAGGAGAUGAUAAAGAUGACUCAAUUAAUGACAUCUACAAGCCUCCUCAAACUGAAUCGCUUGAGAUUACUGUUACAUCGCCUGGUACUGCUGGAAACGCAAGUCUUAAAAGUUUGAGCAAGGAAUUGGAAGAAAAAUAAGCAAAUGAUAAAGGAGAUGUGAAAGAGGAGAAAGAAGGAGAUAUAGACUGCCUCUAAUUAAUUCUUAUCUUGGAU